AUGUCUCAGCAAGCUCAAGCCGCGGAGCCUCCGGCGGCCGCUGCGGCGCCUCCUGUCGCGCCUCCUCCGCCGGUAGCUCCUCCGGCUCCUUCUCCUCCAGCACCGCAAAGCAUCGUCGCGCCUGCCGGUUCCGACUCAGCGCCAGUUCCCGCCGCAUCCGCUCCUACGCCACCUACUUCUGCUUCGGCCCUUCCUCCGUCCACGACUGCCGCCGCCGCUGCGUCCCCCGGCGCGCCGCCGGCAGCGCCGAACGGCCUGGCGACGCAGUACGGGGUGGUCGUCUGGCCGUCCCUCCCGGGCCUUCAGCAGGCCGCUGUCGGCGUGGCGCCGCCGGCGGCCCCGUCCGCUCUAUCCGGCGUCCCGGCCGCCCAUCAUCGCAUGCCAACAGCGGCGGGACGCGGCGGGAUGGUUGGGCCCGGGAUGGAGCAACCGGGGCUGCCGGCCGGGGCCGUGCCGCCGGGCCCUCCGGGGGACUGGAGCGGCAUCGGGAGGACGAUGACGCCGGUGAAGGGGCGCCGCACGAAGGCGCAGCGCGCCAACAGCAGCGGAAAGAAGAGCAACGACCCCAACACCGAGGGGGGGGGCGACGUCACGAACGACCGCGACACGAUGGUCGUCCUGCGCAGCGCGUGCGACGCGUGCCACCGGAUGAAGCGCAAGUGCGACGGGCUGCAGCCCUGCAACCGCUGCCGCCGCCGGAGCCGCCCCUGCGGCUACAGCUACAAGCAGAAGUCGGGGCCGCCGAAGGGGAGCAAGCGCAAGCUCAUCGCGGCGGACGAGGACCUCCUUGAGAACCGGCAGUCCCGCCCCAAGCUUAUCCAGGUGCCGACGAUGUGGCCCAAGGACGCACAGCAGCAAGGCCAUGCCGCCGCAGCCGCUGCCGCCGCUGCCGCCGCUGCGACGGCGCACGCGGCGGCCGCAAGUGCCGCCCAAGCGACCAUCCCGAGCAACGGUGCAGGGGCCGCCGCGGCCGCGGCCGCCGUGGCGGCUGCCUCUACGGCCCCCCCCGUCCCUGCCGGCGCCGCCGUUGCUGUUGCUCCCCCCGCCCCGGGCCUCGCCGUUGCGGGGGGAGGGCCGAACGGCCCGACUUCGCCCUCCCCGGGGGCAGCGAAGCGUGCCAGCCCCAAGAGCGGGGGUGUGAAGCCUAGGCACAAAGCCGGCGGCGUCCGCCCCAUAGCCGACCUGGUCCUGCCGAGCGGCGCGGCGCAGCUCUCUCUCGAGGCUCGGGCCGGGGCCUACCGGAGGGCGCAGGAGGCCGCCGCCGCGGGGAUGGCGGCGGCUAGGGCUUUUGUGGAGGGAGAGUACCCUACGGACGGCAACGGCGAGUUUCUCUCGGCGAAGUCCACCGCACUGCCAACGGGGCAGGGCGCGACGGCAGCGCCUUCGGACAGCGCCUCGGCCGCCGCGGCGGCCGCGUCAGCCGGCGGGGGCCUGCCCUCGGCUUUGUCCUCCCCGGCGGCUUCGCCAGCGGGGGCGGCGGCGAGUGCUUCUCUUGCCACCGCCAUGGACACCACCGCGGCGGCUGGGGGGGCCGUUGCCGCGCCUAAUACCUCGGCGCCGCCUGGUUCGGCGGCGGGCCCUCCGCCCCCCGCGGCUGUCGGCGCUCCUUCCACGGCGACAGAGGCAGAUCAGCAGCAGCAGCAGCUGCUGCAAAAGGCUGGCGCUCCAGCCCCACCCCAGCACCCGCCAGCAGCAGGAUCAGGAGCUGGAGCCCCCUCGCCGGCGCCUCACCCGGGGAUGCCCCCCCAGGGCAUGGCGCCGGGCAUGGGCGUGCCGAUGGCCUACCACCCACAGUACGGCAUGUACUCACCGUACCCGCAGUCGCUGUACGCGGCGUACCUCGCGCAGUACCAGCUCCAGCAGGGGGUCAACCCGUACGAAGGGAUGAGUAUGAACCCUUACGAAGGCAUGAACCCUUACGCCGGCAUGAACCCCUACGCCGCCGCCGCCGCCGGCGCUCCGGGUGCUUCGGGAGCGCCCAGCCCGGCCACCACGACAAGCCCCGCAGCGGCGGGUGCUGUCGCGACGUCCGCUCCGGCCGGGGGCGCGACUGCUGCCCCCCCAGCAGGCGGUCCUGCCCCCCCCGCGGUGAGCGGGGCCCCCGCUCCUGGCGCCGGCGCCAAGCCCGUGCAAGGAAUACCCGCUCUCCCGGGCGUCAAGGGAUUGGCCCUUCCCCCGGCUGUCGCCGCCGCCGCUGCUGCCGCCGCCGCCGGUGAGAAGCCACGGCGAAAGGAGAACGAGGACGCGAAGCAGCUUGCCGUAGAAACCCUCCUCGGGCUCAAGAACUCGCAAGGCUCUAAGGGCGGCGGUCCGAUGGACGAAGCUUCGGCCCAGGCGGUGGUUGCCGCCGCAGUCGCCGCCGCGGCCGACGCCACCGACGGGAGUGCUGCCUCGGCAGCCGCCGCCGCGGCCCUGACCGCGCAAGCGGUC